AUGGAUUCACUGAAGAGGAAACCUCUGGGAAGCCCGUCUCCGGACGCUCCGGCGGGAAAGUCGGCUAGGGGUGAGGUGCAGAACAUCGUCGAUGGACCAGUGGCCUGUCUCCACGACGUCUCCUACCCUGAAGGCUUCGUUCAUCCUCCUCGCCGUGCCCCCGCUCCCGAGAGCGGGGAGAAGUUGAAGCCGGCGAAGGAGUUCAGUUUUCAGCUCGAUCCGUUCCAGGCCGAGGCCGUAAAGUGCCUCAACAAUGGGGAAUCGGUCAUGGUAAUGUUGCGAAGGCGUAGUGCUCGCUGAAUGAUCCUAGCUAAUGCUGCGGCUUCUGUAUUCGUCGUCGGGUUGAUAAGCCUUUUUUUGUUUAGGUGUCUGCGCAUACAUCUGCGGGGAAGACUGUGGUGGCGUUGUAUGCCAUUGCUAUGUCCCUUCGGGACAACCAACGAGUCAUAUAUACUUCCCCAAUUAAGGCUCUCAGUAACCAAAAAUAUAGGGAAUUCAAGGAGGAAUUCUCUGAUGUUGGGCUAAUGACAGGGGAUGUGACUAUUGAACCCAGUGCUUCUUGCUUGGUGCGAGUUUGACAACUUGCUAUUUUAAUCUUUUUCUUUUUCUUUCAUUCCCCCGCCACCCCAAACGUAUUCAGUUGGGUGAGAUGUGUAAUUGCUAAUGGAACUGUGUAUUUCAGGUCAUGACGACAGAGAUUUUGAGGAGUAUGCAAUACAAGGGUUCUGAGGUUAUGAGGGAAGUGGCUUGGAUUAUCUUCGACGAGGUGCACUACAUGCGGGACAGGGAAAGGGGUGUUGUUUGGGAGGAGAGUAUUGUCAUGGCUCCAAGAAACUCACGUUUUGUAUUUCUUUCAGCAACGGUACCCAAUGCUAAGGAAUUUGCUGAUUGGGUUGCAAAGGUCAUCCAUGUCCCAGCUUGACACAUUUUUGUUACAUUGCUUAAAUUUCCUGUAAAUAUCAUGCUCUCUUUUCUGAGUUCAGAUGUAUUUUUGGACUCCAAACGUUCUAUGAAUCUAUCAAUAGCUUAAGUGAAGUGAAACUCGUGGCUAAUAUGUACGUAGCAUGUUUUAUAGGUUCAUCGACAGCCUUGUCAUAUUGUCUAUACUGAUUAUCGACCCACACCUCUUCAACAUUACAUUUUCCCAUCUGGAGGCGACGGUCUGUACAUGGUGGUGGAUGAAAAGGGGAAGUUUAGAGAGGAAAGUUUUCAAAAAGCUUUGAAUGCACUAGUACCAGCCAGAGAGGGGAACAAGAAAAGAGAAAAUGAGAAAUGGCAAAAGGGGUUGGUAGCAGGUAGAUCAAGCGAGCAAAGUGACAUCUUCAAGAUAGUGAAAAUGAUAAUCCAACGUCAGUAUGAUCCUGUGAUACUUUUCAGCUUUAGCAAAAGAGAGUGUGAAUUCCUUGCAAUGCAGGUGAGUUUUGAUUUCGAUUCACAUAAAUUCUCGUGAUGUUUUAAUAUGAGAUUUGAAAUAUUUCUUCGUCAAAAAAUCUUAGCGAUAUUGCUAUGGCAUACAUUGGUGCCUACAUACCCUGGAAGUUGACAAGCUUUUUUUUUUUCAUACUUUAUGCUACUUUCUUUGCCCCAGGUUUUCGGGACAGAGUUAAAUGGUUUCUGUUUGAGCAAUAUUGUCGGAGCUACUCUACAAUCUCGUGCAAUAUGAUGUUUUAUAUUUUUUUUGAAACACACGACUCCCUAUGUAUAGAAUGGUUAAAAAUAUAAUGUUGUUUGGUCGUUCCUGUCAUCCUCAUGCGUUUGUAAACGUUCGGCUAUUAUCUUACUUGGUUAAAUGACUGCACGAAUCAGUCUGAAUAGAUGCCUCUAAGUGAACAAUUGUUGGUUGACCAUUUAAAAUAAAGUUUAUCUUCGUGACCGCUGGUACAGAUGAUGAUGUAGCUGUCAUAAAACGGAGAGUUGGGAGAAUUAUGAGACAGUACUUACUAUAUUCGAAGUCAUUUACUCUAAUCUUGUAGAUGGCAAAAAUGGACUUAGCUGACGACGAUGAGAAGGCGAAUAUUGAAACUAUCUUCUGGAGUGCAAUGGAUAUUCUUUCAGACGACGACAAGAAGCUUCCUCAGGUAAGGUCUUAUUCCUCUUUUUGUUUUGGAAAUCGUGUAAAUAGUGAUCCAUAUAUUCUAUGGCUAUCAACUUUUCUGUCUUUGUUAUUUAUAUAACUUCCCUGUCAAUUACCGCACCCUGUGAUGUGACAAAAUUAAAUGAUGACGAGAGCUGCAUGGAAAUUUAUGGCAGAUGUGUUUGGCCUUAAUUGCUAUUUUUAAAAUGUUGCCUUUUAUGAUAUGCGAAUUUAUCCUGUGUGAUGAUGAGCUGUAAUUACUCAAAAUGUUCUCUCGUUUGACUGGUUCAAUGUCUCCAUUUUGGACAGCUGUGUCUAACGGAUGUCUACAUGGGAAUCAAUUCAGAAUUUUUUAAUGCUUGUAUUAUUAAUCUCAGGUCUCUAAUAUGUUACCUCUGUUGAAACGUGGGAUUGGUGUGCACCAUUCUGGUCUGCUUCCAAUUUUGAAAGAGGUGAUUGAAAUACUAUUUCAAGAAGGCUUGAUAAAGGUUGGUAUUAAUUCUUUCUAUCAUCUUAGUUGGAACCAGUCUCUUUUGUAUAUGGUACCGUGGAUUUUUGUUUUCCUUUGGACAAGAAUGGCGAAAAGAGUUUCUAAAAUGAUGCUUGAGACCUACAAAAUAUUUUACUACACUGAGAAGUAGCACUUUACCCAAAAAGUUAGCAUCGUCCAUACAUGAUUCUAUGUCAAAUGUUCAUUCAACGUUUUCAUUAGCAUUGCUACAUUUAAAGAAAGGUUCAGUGAAAAAUCUCUGUUACAGUGUUUAUUCGCCACAGAAACCUUCAGCAUUGGCCUCAAUAUGCCAGCAAAGACUGUCGUGUUUACGAAUGUACGAAAAUUUGAUGGCGAUAAAUUCAGAUGGAUAUCAAGUGGAGAAUAUAUACAAAUGAGUGGUCGUGCUGGCCGUCGAGGUAUUGAUGAGCGUGGAAUUUGCAUUCUCAUGAUUGAUGAGAAAAUGGAGCCAUCUACUGCUAAGUUGAUGGUAAAAGGAAGCCCUGAUUGUUUAAACAGGUAUUUAUGCCUGUUGCUGAUAAAAAUGUGGAACUUAUUUGCUAAUGUAUUGCACUGUGUUUAUUGUCAUUCCUUGAGUUGUUUCUUCAUUUGAAGAUCGUAAUCCGGCAUAGUCGUCCUGUGAACAUUUUCUUCAUAAAUACUUCACACUAUUUUUUGAGGAAUGAUUUGUUGACCGAGAGAAUAAAGUAAUCCCAGAUUUUAUGUUAUCCUGUGAGAGCAUACACAGGGGUUGCAAUGAAUCAUUUGAAUAAUUCAUGCAUUCGAGAUUUUAGGUUAAUAAUGUCGCUUACCGUUGAUCCUACUGAACUAUUUGCCUUGUAAUUUUUAACUUAUGUGGAAAUUGCAUGGCUUCCUUAUAUCUUUGUCAAGCUUUUUGAAAACUCUCUCUAGACGAUAUUAAUCUUUUACAGGUUAUCAAAACUUUGGCUAUUUUUGCCAUUCUUAGGAGAAGUCUGAUAUUUUCUGCAUUGUUUACAUGAGAGCUGCCACUUAAAAUAGACUUCCUCGGCCACUAUUCAAUUUAUGAGUGCUAAGUUUUGUGGGUUAAAAACAUGCAUAUACGUGCAGUGCCUUCCAUCUGAGCUACAACAUGCUGUUAAAUCAAAUGCGCUGCGAAGAUGGGGAUCCAGAGAAUCUUCUAAGGCAUUCGUUUUUUCAAUUUCAGGCUGAUCGCGCUCUUCCUGAUCUUGAGGUUCGUUGAGAUACACUGAAGUUCCGUGUCCUCUGGCAGUCUUGUGUUGCUUGUAACAUUCCCUUUAUUUUUCUUUGCAGAAGCAAACAAGACAGCUGAAAGAAGAACGAGAUUCGAUUGUGAUUGAAGAGGAGGAUAAUCUGAAGGACUACUACGAUGUUCUACAGCAGUAUAAAAGCUUGAAGAACGAUGUUCGCAGCAUUGUGAUCACCCCCAAGUAUUGUCUGCGUUUCUUACAGCCUGGCAGGCUAGUGUGCAUCCAGUGCAUAGAAGACGAGACAGCCCCUAUACUGUCCAUUGAAGAGCAGGUUUCGUGGGGUGUGAUCGUCAAUUUUGAAAGGGUGAAAGGCCUUUCUGAAGGUAAAAAGGGCCUUACACUGAUACAUGACGCGCCAAAUAACUGAUGAUAUUGUUAUUGGAUUGUUUGCCAAAUAACUAUUUCAAUAUUCUGCUUUAUUGGAGGCCUGUCUCUCUUCAUUGAAACUGUUUAUGUUCAUCCAGGCGGAAAACCCGAGGAUGCCGACUAUGUUGUACAUGUUCUAGCUAGAUGUGCGGUGACCAAGGACAUAGGAACGAAAAAGUCCAUGAAGAUUGUUCCUUUGAAUGAGAAUGGGGAGCCUAUCGUCGUUUCAUUACCUCUAUCACGGGUAAACUCCCCACAUCAGUCUCCCGUUCUAGUUUUCCACUUACAGAAUUCUGCUCAAUUAGAAUAUUUCUGUAAUCAUACCUUCGAACGAUGGAACCCUGCCCCUAUGCUUAUUUUUUAUAUCGUUAGAUGCGUUAAAUGUUCAUGUGGCUUGUUUUUCGUGCCUUUAAACCAGAUAAAUAGCUUGAGCAGUAUCUGCGUACACAUGCCGAAGGACCUUCUACCGCUGGAAUCGCGGGAAAAUACUCUGAAAAAGGUUUCAGAAGCAUACCUAAGAUUCCACAAAGAUGGGAUGCACCUUCUUGAUCCUGAAGACGACAUGGGGGUGAGCACCUGAUCCUUGCCGUGGUUUUUUUUUUUUUUUUUUUCUGAACUUGUCGUCUUUAAUUCUUGAUAUGAUCCUUGUACUAGAAGCUAAUUCAUCUUCCCUUCAUUACCCAACCAUUUUGUUGGCACAUCCAGGUUCAGUCUAAGUCGUAUAAAAAGGUUGUGAGGAGGAUAGAGGCUCUUGAAAGCUUGUUUGAAAGACAUGAGCUACGAAAGUCGCCCUUGAUUCGAGAGAAGCUCAGACUUUUGCAUUCCAAGCAGGAAUUGACCGCCAAGAUCAGGUCAAUUAAGAAGACGAUGCGCACAUCGACUGCCUUAGCCUUCAAAGACGAACUCAAGGCUCGGAAGCGGGUCCUGCGUCGGUUGGGGUAAUUCUUCUUGACCCUCAUUUAAUCCGAAAUGCAUGCUUUUCCCAUUGGGUGGCAUAAUCUGCACCCCGUGGACUCUGGAGCAUUCUUCUCUGAAUAGCUUAUGGCCCAACCGUCUCGUUGUUCAUAUCUCUAACCCCUUGUUACUACUGCCCCUGGAAUGGAAGUUCCUACUGAAUAUCCUCCAAGCUUUCACUGCGUUUGGAACAUUCUCUAUACAGCUUUGAGCCCAGCUACGCGUGGCUCUCAUCUGCAGGUAUACGACUGCGGAGGAUGUUGUGGAGUUGAAGGGGAAGGUCGCCUGUGAAAUCAGCAGCGCGGAUGAACUAACAUUGACGGAGCUCAUGUUCGGUGGAGUCUUCAAGGACAUCACCGCAGAGGAGAUCGCCGCCGUUUUAUCGUGUUUUGUGUGGCAGGAGAAGCUGAAUGACUCUCAGAAGCCCAGAGAAGAGCUGGACCUACUCUUCUCGCAGCUGCAAGAGACGGCCAGGAAGAUUGCCAAGGUCCAGCUCGAAUGCAAGGUACUUCACAUUUACUCUGCCUAUUCAACACAAGAGAAGAAGUGCCGUAGGGUUUGUAAAUCGCCCUUCUGAAUCUUCUGAUCACUUCUCUUUCGAUGGGUUCACAAAUCCAUGAUUUUUAUCCUUUCUUAGCAACUUUUCUUCGUACCCACCCAACCUCUGCCAUUUCAAGAAAAAAAAACAAAAACCUCUUGGUAGUGAAAACCCCUCUGCCUAGAUCGACGUGGGCAGCUUUGUGAGAUCAUUCCACCCUAAUAUCAUUGUAUUAUGCAGACUUUUUUUUUCUUCUUUUUUUCUUUUUUUGUUGCUAUUUUAAGUGGGGAGUGGGGAGAAAGAAAUAUGUUGCUAGUGAAUGAUUCAAGAUAUGAUGAAAACGUCUCUUCUUUCCAUGAAAUCGGCAGGUCCAGAUCGACGUGGAGGGCUUUGUGAAAUCAUUCCGCCCAGAUAUCAUGGAGGCCGUCUAUGCGUGGGCCAGGGGCUCCAAGUUCUACGAGAUCAUGGAGAUCACAGAGGUCUUCGAGGGCAGCCUGAUCAGGGCCAUCAGGAGACUGGAGGAGGUGCUCCAGCAGCUCAUCACGGCCUCCAAAUCCAUCGGAGAAACGGACCUCGAGGCGAAGUUCGAAGAGGCCGUGGUCAAGAUCAAGAGGGACAUCGUCUUCGCCGCAUCUCUCUACCUGUAG